CAGAGGCGGACGCCGCCGAGACGAGUUCGGUGCCGGCGAUGUGCGCGGAGACCCUCUCCCUCGCUGCGAGGCUGUGGGCGGAGGCGUCUCCGCUCGCAGCCGAGGGCGGUCCGCUCUCGCGCGGCGAGCGCGAGGCACUUCUGGUGGAGCUCUGCACCGCCGCUGCCGGCACGGCGCCAGCAUCGCUCGACAGCCACACGCGAUGGCGGCCGGCGCUUCGCCGUUGGGCGUACAUGGUGCGGAGCCUCGUGCGGCUCGGCGGCGGCGGCGUGCUCGCAUACCUGCAGGACACUCUGGGAGCGGCGGCUUGGGAGCGCGCCGCUGGCGGCGACGAAUCGCGGCCGUGGUUGCUCGCUAUGCUCGCGGUAGCGCUGCUGCGCGGCCCGCGCGUCGAUAGUGGCGCGGCCUCGGAGGAUGCGGGGUCUCGAUCCGUGGAGGAGGCUGUCUUUGCGUGCUUGCCUGCUCUGCCGGUCGAGGUGGUUGGCUUCGCGCUCCGCCGCGGUUUCGGGCUCGGCGGAGUCCCGGGUGGCGAAGACGUCCCGGUCCCGGCCGGGUGCGGCUCUCUGGGCCCCCUCACCACUUUGCGCGCGUUUGUGUCGUGCACGCUGCUCCCCGCGCUCGGCAGCCGCUGGGCCUCGGCGCUCCCGGGUGCCGCCGCCGCGGCCGUGCAACGGGCGUUCGCCGCCGGGCCCGGAGCGGAUCGGGAGGCCUCCGCUGCCGCCGCCCGUUCGCUCGCGCUGCUCCUCGCCGCGGCUGGUCCCGCGCGUGCGCCCGAGUUGCUCGCACCGGGCGGGAGCCUCGCGGCUGCCUUGCCCGCCGAGCUCGGGCCAAUUGAGGGUGCGGCUGGCGGCGACACACCGGGCCCCGCCCUGCACGUCUUGCGCGUCUGCGUCUCUGCCGCGUGC